UAUUCAAACCAUCGCAAUAUUGCAACCUACUAUGGAGCUUUUAUCAAGAAGAGCCCACCUGGAAAAGAUGAUCAGCUUUGGCUUGUUAUGGAAUACUGUGGGGCUGGGUCCGUUACUGAUCUGGUGAAAUCCACCAAAGGCCAGUCUCUCAAAGAAGAAUGGAUUGCAUACAUAUGCCGUGAAAUUCUGAGAGGUUUGGCAUACCUUCACAAUAAUAAAGUCAUUCACAGAGACAUUAAAGGCCAGAAUGUACUACUGACAGAUAAUGCAGAAGUCAAAUUGGUUGACUUUGGUGUUAGUGCUCAAUUAGACAGGACGAUAGGGAGGAGAAACACUUUCAUUGGUACACCCUACUGGAUGGCACCUGAAGUUAUUGCUUGUGAUGAAAAUCCAGACGCAACAUAUGACAAUAGGAGUGACCUGUGGUCCUUGGGUAUUACUGCUCUUGAAAUGGCUGAGUCUCAACCUCCCUUAUGUGACCUCCACCCAAUGCGAGCUCUCUUCCUCAUUCCCCGUAAUCCACCUGCAAGACUGAAAUCAAAGAAGUGGUCUAAACGGUUUCAUAGUUUUAUUGAAACCGUAUUGGUGAAGGACUAUCAUCAAAGACCCUAUACAGAACAGCUGCUCAAACAUCCUUUCAUCCGAGACCAACCUACAGAGCGACAAGUCCGUAUACAACUGAAAGAUCACAUAGAUCGUUGUAAAAAACGCAAACAAGAGAAAGAAAGAGAAGACUAUCAUUACAGUGGCUCUGAAAAUGAAGAAGAAGAACCAGCCAUAGCUGGUGAGCCCUCUUCAAUUGUCCAAGCCCCUGGAGAUAAUACCUUGAGAAGAACUUUUGCCCAACUCCAACUACCACAAGCAGCUGCUAAUGAUGCUAAGGAUUCUAAACAUGGCCGGAAAGGAGAACGGGAAGAAAUUCCUGAUCCUGGUCCACCUGCAAGACCACCUAUCCCUCAAAGACUUAUUGUCGUUCCAGAUCCACACCCCCCAUCUCGUCCUCUCCCACCGCCACCAAAGGAUGACAGCCGACCGCCAGGAAAACCAUCAACUCCUCAUGGAAAUCAUCACCCCCAUCAUCAGCCAGCUGCUGCACCUUCAUCUCAUGCCCAGCCGCAGAGAAACUCACAUGGCUUCAAACCAAUGCUGCCACCAAGAAGACCAGAGAGUGGAUCAUCAUCUGGCCCAUCUGGAGCUGGGAGAAGUGAACAGCCUCCUGAAAGACCUGCCAGGUCACACCAUCAAAAUGGUCCCAAACCAACUUCGCAAACUCCAGCAGGCCAACACUCUCUUUUGGAGUCAGAUUCAGAUGAUGAUGAGGACAACGGCAGAGUUCGAAGUGAUGGUACACUUCUGGCUAGUGACCCUCCAAAACCAUUACCUGAGUUCACACCUUACCGACCGGAUGGUCACAAUGGUCACGAAUCUAAGCCAGCUCCAUCGUCAAGUGGUGCUCCUAAUCGACCACUGCCACCGACACCAGAUGAAGAGGAAAGCGGGGAACGAACACUUGUCAUGAAAAGGAAUCUUGGAGAUGAUUGCAAGAGGAGUAGUGUUCGCAAUUCAGAGCUGGCUGACCAACAGCUUCUCAAAGAAUGGGAUUUUGACCGAUUCUUCCAAGGAUUUAAUGACCGCCUUGAUCGCCUUAGUGUUGAUUCGGAUCGAUCAAAGGAGACCCGCAAGAGCCACUCAGAUCGCAACAGUAAAAGUUUUGACAAUCCUGGUUUUGAAGAUGGGGAAAAUAGCAGUGUUAAGGACAAAUCAUCAAGAAGCAUUUUACCAAAAGCUCCAUCAUCUGGUACUCCAGACUCCAAGAACCGAGAGGAGCGCCGAGGAGAUUUUCACCGAAUGGAUUCUUCUCCCGGUCAGCUCAGUACUCCUGGUUCGAGAACGAGCUCAGUACUUCCCGACCUCCUUACUCAGACAUCAAGUCCAGGCACACCGAACCAGAGGCAGGAUAAGUCAACUAGUGAUGAGUAUCGACAAGCAAUCAAGGGAAUUGGUGGGAGUGUUGGAGGUCCUCGUGUCAGUCCCUCCAACACUUCUACUGCUUCAUCUUCUUCCCUUAUAUCUCCUUCAUCACAUAUGGGUGGUUUCAACCCUCUUCAACAGAAACAGAGGUCAUUUUUGACAUUCGGGUUUGGCGCGGGAGGAUCUGGGCCCAGCAGAAGAGAAUCUCAUGUCAAUGUCAAUGUGACUCCCACAUCCCAUGAUAUUGGCUCAGACACGCCAGAAAUAAGGAAGUACAAGAAGAGGUUCAACUCAGAAAUCUUGUGCGCUGCAUUAUGGGGUGUCAACCUUCUAAUUGGUACUGAGAAUGGCCUCAUGCUUUUGGACCGCAGUGGUCAAGGAAAGGUGUAUCAGCUUAUUUCGCGACGACGGUUUCAACAAAUGGAGGUUUUAGAGGGACAAAAUAUCCUUGUCACUAUUUCUGGGAAGAAGAAUAGAGUCCGUGUUUACUACUUGUCCUGGUUGAAAUCAAAAAUUUUGCGUACAGAUGGUGUUAAUGAGCAACAAGUUGAAAGACGCAAUGGCUGGAUCAAUGUAGGGGAUUUGCAGGGAGCAGUGCAUUUCAAAAUAGUGAAAUAUGAACGGAUAAAGUUUUUAGUUAUUGCCCUAAAAGAUAGUAUUGAAAUUUAUGCAUGGGCACCAAAACCCUACCACAAAUUCAUGGCAUUUAAGUCUUUUGGUGAUCUUCAACACCGCCCCCUCUUAGUUGAUCUAACUGUUGAAGAGGGAACCCGUUUGAAGGUUAUUUAUGGUUCUGCUGACGGAUUCCAUGCGGUUGAUCUUGAUUCUGCCUCUGUGUAUGAUGUUUAUCUCCCGAAACAUGUCAGCAUGUCUCAAGGACCUAUCUCUCCUCACUGUAUAGUACCACUUCCUAACUCAAAUGGCAUGCAGCUUUUGCUUUGCUAUGAUAAUGAAGGAGUGUAUGUCAAUACAUACGGCAAGGUAUCAAAAAAUAUUGUGCUUCAGUGGGGUGAAAUGCCAACAUCUGUUGCCUUUAUAGGCACUGGUCAAAUAAUGGGAUGGGGUAACAAAGCCAUAGAAAUACGCAGUGUGGAGUCAGGUCAUCUAGAUGGCGUUUUCAUGCACAAGAAAGCUCAGAGACUGAAGUUCCUGUGUGAAAGAAAUGACAAGGUGUUCUUCUCAUCUGCAAAAGGGGGUUCUUCAUGCCAAAUAUAUUUCAUGACAUUGAAUAAACCAGGCAUGGCUAACUGGUAAAUGCAAUAGCUUGCUAUUUUGUCAAUGUAUCUCUUCUUUUACUGAUUGAUUAGUCUUUACAUUAAAACAUGGCACAGUCAUGUUUAUCUUUGUGUCCUGAAAGUCCUUAUAAAAUUGUGAUGAAAUUUAGUUUUAUUAAUUCAGUUGAUUUGGUUAUUUUAACAUUUGUGCUCACUUUAGCAAGUAGUCUAUGACUACAUGCAUAAAAGUUAUGCACCGCUCUUCUGGUACUACUUUGUAGUUAAUUUUUUCCCAUAAGUUAAAGUGAAGUUUAGUGGUCAAAAGUAACUUUGUCACUAAUUAAAGUUUUCUUUUUAUUGCUGAAAUUACUUUGAGGGAAACUUGGAAACUGAUUAUUGUUGUAAAAGGCUUUCAGUUGACACAUUAUGAAAUAUUCUUGCUGCCAUGCACAAUAGUAGCCACAGCUUCAAAGAUAAUUUCUAUAAUGAAAAUGUGAAAAGUUGAAAGGGUGGUAUCUUCUGUACCUAGAUUGAUCUGGAUAGUCUGAUAACUGCCAAUAAGUCACAAAAUAGUUAUCUUAGUCAUUUAUCACAAUGGUAAUAACUAAUUACAAGUAUGUAUCAAAAUACGGCUACCAGUAUACUCAGUGUAGCUGUUUCAUUUAUCUCUCGAUUUCUGAUUUAUUGACGUCAGAUUUGAGCAGUGCUGUAGGUAUAAAACUUUAUUUGCAAAUAUGUACAGAAUUUUGAAUGUUAGGUAACCUGAAUAAGAGAAGUCAGCUCUGAUGAAAUAUGGAAAAUUUUCAAGCCCACUCAUCUGUUAAUUCCUGUUUGAUUCUUGCCUUGAAUUGAAUGGUGUGCAUGUACAUGGUAAUUUUAAAAUUGUUGUUCUCUACAUUAUUUUUUAUUCAUUCGCCUCUUUGACAUUGGCGUAUUAUCAUCAUUUUUAAUCAAAACGCAAAAUACUUCAUCUUUUCAAGGUGAGCCCAGUUGUUCUCUGUGACCACAACAAAAUUAAUUCUAAAGGCUUAUCGGUCCAACCAACAUCAAUUGCUUUUCAUUUUCACUUUGAAGCAUUGAGUUUUAAAGAGAAUAAACAGCUAAAGUAAAAUUAAGAUCUUGUGGAGGCUGGACCUCUUUUUUGACUGAUAGCUAUAAAAUAAAAUGUCAAGAUCAUUUUUUAUCUAGUGGGAUCUCCAAAUUGUGUCCUGCUAUGGUGUCUAAGACAGUUUGUCAGUUGGGUAGGUUUGAACCCUGUGUGGUAGCUGGAGGAGCUGAUUUCUCACCCUGAAAUUAUACAUAAUUGUGUGUAAAUAGUAUGUAUAGUUCGUUAGGUUUUUCCUUUUUCAGUUUAACAUGAACGAGUUUGUUGUAUGCCAUGUAGGUUCCCAUCUCUUUUGGGUACCUUCAGUAUAGGUUGUUAAAGGUAUCAAUGAAUCAAUUUUAUAGUCAAGUGACUCUCAUGACAAGUUUUGGUGUGUAAUUGCUGGAAUGUGUAUGUCAAGCUGGUCUGGCCCAGUCGUUGUAAAAUCAAUGUGGCUACUUUUGUGAUGAAACCUUGUUAUCUGUUAAUUUUUAGAUAAGAAAAAUGCCUUGAAAACGCUUCAACACUAGGAUGUUUGCCAAUUGUUUGAAAAGCUGUAAUCUGACUUUUGAUUCUGUUAGUAAUUAAUUAUACCUGACUUUAUAUUUCUUUGCUUGACAAAGAAAGUACUUAAAUCAAAAAUUUGAAGGUUGAUUCGAUCUUGAUCAUAUUAUUUGGAAAUAUUAUUGGAAAUAGAAAUAGCUGCGCCUUAGCUACCAGAACCCUGACCUUUCAAUUGUGAUGUAUCUUUUCUUCGUGUUUUUUAUGGAGUCAUGUGAAAGUGCAGUGUGUGAUAUAAUAUGGAAAGAAUGAGGCAUUGACAAGGAUCCAUCUGAGUGAAACUUUGCAAGCAACUACCUUCACUGUUUCUGCUCAACUUAACUACUUACCCUAUCAAUUUUCAUUAGGUAUUGUUCCUAUUUUAUUUCUUUGAUCUGCAUUGUUUAGAAGUUAUGCGCCUUUUAAUUUGUGUCAGAAAUCAUUGUCUGGAAGAGACACCAGCUCAAUUUUUCACUUUAUCUUUGAGUGACUUUGAGCAAUCCAUAUACUGUGUAUUUAUUUUAGAAGUAAGUGUUUUAAUUGGGUUGAUUUUGCAGUCAUGAGAGAAAUAGUCUGACAAUGCCCUGAAUCAAAUUUUCACACUUGCAAUUCCAUACUGAAGUGUCAUUUUUUUAAAUGAGACCACAAAUUUAUCAACAUGGGCUGCUUUUUCAUAAUGUAUAAUUCCAUGCAUUGAACAUUUUAUCAGUUUUGUAGUCUGAAAGAAAAGUAUACAGGUCCUUCUUGCUUACAAAGUUUCAUAUUCAUAUGAGAACAAAGCUUAGUGAUUUUCCCUCAUUUUAAACAUAUUCUGAUUAUAUCUAAAUGAGCGUUAUUAUAUAUAUUAUUAUUAUUAUUAUUAUUUCAAUUUAUAUAAGUGUCAAUAAAUCACAAAUAUUGUUUAAUAA